AUGUUUUGGUUUCACCGGCUGCCCCUCGGCCUCCUGCUGCUGCUCCACCUGGCCACUGCCGCCGUUCAAGUCUUCAUGGACGGCAACUCGGCCAGUCAGAUGCUGAGCCGGCGGAGACGAGCCAACAGCUUUUUAGAGGAGGUCAAACAAGGCAAUAUGGAGAGGGAGUGCAGAGAGGAGACCUGCGACUGGGAGGAGGCGCGCGAGAUCUUCGAAAACGCUGAGAAAACUGAUGAAUUCUGGGCCAUAUAUGUUGAUGGUGACGCAUGUCAAUCGAUGCCCUGCGCUCAUGGAGGAGUUUGCAAAGACGGGGUCGGCAGGUACACCUGCUUCUGCCAGACUGCGUACCAGGGCUACAACUGUGAAAUCGCUAUUCCUGAACUCUGUGAGAACUUAAAUGGUGGCUGCCAACACUUCUGCCGUGUGGAACAAGGAAACGUUAGGUGUUCCUGCGCUGAUGGAUAUUACCUGUUAGGAGAUGACAAGUCCUGCGACUCCAAAGAUGAAUUCAAAUGUGGUGCCAUCUUCACCGGAAGCACCCGGACCGUUUUCAGGUACGAACGGCCUAACGUGACGCAGGGGAACUUUACUGGAUUGAACUACAUGGACUCCAAUCCCAACGUCACAGAUGAGACGCAUGUGCCAGAUGAUGGCCAUAUCGCAGAUCCCCCAGUUUUUGAGAACAGAAGCAGCGACCCACUCCCAAAGAACUACGUGGCCGAGAGUAUUAUCAGUCCUCAGAUGUCGAGUUUGACCCGCAUCGUUGGUGGAGAGGACUGUCCACCAGGAGAAUGUCCAUGGCAGGCUCUCCUCCUGAACGAGGACCACCGAGGGUUCUGCGGAGGAACCAUCCUCAAUGAGUAUAUCAUCCUGACAGCCGCCCACUGUAUGAACCAGUCACGCUACAUCUAUAUUACACUCGUUUUAGGGCGCAUUCACACCAACAGGAGGUGGUGCGCACUAAACGGUCCAUUCAGACCAAAAGCUCUUAGUUCGGUUCGUUUUCGUUGGUGUGAAAGCAUCAAUCGCACUCAGGUGCGCACUGAAUCAAGCGGACCGAGACCUCCAAAAAGAGGUGGUGUCGGUGAGUUUGACGUACUGGUGGAUGAUGGUACUGAAGUUGUCCGCCAAGUCGAAACUAUCAUCGCUCACAAUAAAUAUCGGCCCGACACCUACCACAAUGACAUCGCACUCAUCAAACUGACCAAGCCCAUCAAGUUCAGCAGGUACAUCGUGCCGGCCUGCUUACCUGAGCAAGACUUUGCUGAAAAGGUCUUGAUGCGGCAGCCAGACGGCUUGGUCAGCGGGUUCGGACGUAUCGGCGAGGGUCGGCAGCCGUCCACCAUCUUGCAGCGCCUCACCAUGCCAUAUGUGGAUCGGUCCAUCUGCAUUGAAUCCACCAGUUUACGUAUUACUGCCCGUAUGUUCUGUGCCGGUUACGACUCAGAAGCAAAGGACGCCUGCCAAGGUGACAGCGGCGGGCCACACGUCACACGGUACGGUGACACCUAUUUCGUCACCGGCAUCGUGAGCUGGGGCGAAGGAUGCGCACGCAGAGGUAAAUACGGCAUCUACACCCAGGUGUCCAAGUAUAUCCGCUGGAUCCGUGAGGGCACCGCAAAGCUGAUGUCCAGAAACAGAAAGAAGAGGCACCUCGGCCACAUCGAGAGGCUGUACCUGUAA